CUGCCAAACAACGGUCAAUACAACAAGAACACAAGCUAUCAUUAAAAAUCUAAGUAACAAUUACAACUAGUAGUUCAGCACACAUCACAACAAUAUAAUAGCAACACAGGUAAACACAACUGAUGACAACACAAGUCAACACACGACUUACGGCGACAUUGAUCAAAAACACAAUUGCAAAUACAAGACAACAGGCCUACAGCAUUGCCACUCCGCAACAAAAUCAAUUAUACUGGCAUUUCAACACACUAAACACCUUACAACAUAACAUGCUAAAAUUUACCGUAUCAGUGUACAAUAUAUCAUUACAAAAUGCCAUAUUUCGACAUAACAUGCUACAAUGUACCGUAUCAGUGUACAACAUAUCACUACAAAAUGCCAUAUUUCGACAUAAGAUCCUACAAAUCAAUGUGCCGUCUCAAUGGACAAAAAAUGUCAUAUUUCAAAACAGCAUGCUAUUAGAUGUGCCAUACCCAGUACACAGCAUAUCACAAAAUGCCAUAAUUCAACAUAGUAUGCUGUGCCAUACCA